AUGUCUGGCCGCCUCGCUGCAGCAGCAGCAAGAGCAGCAGCAGCAGCAGCUGCUGCUGCUGCUGCUGCUGGUGUUGCUGCUGGAGCCCCGGCAGCAACAGCAGCUCGAGGGGCAGUUGCUGCGCGCAUGUGCUGCAGCAGCAGCAGCAACAGCAGCAGCAGCAGCCGCAGCAGGAUCCGGGCCUUCUCAUCUGCUGCAGCAGCACAGCCAGCCUCAGCUGCAGCAGCAGCAGCAACUGCAGCAGCAGCAACAGCAUCAACGACAGCAGCAACAGCAGCAGCAGCAGCAGCAGCAAAGAGGAGCAGCGUCAGGAUAGCUGCUCUAUCAGCAGCAGACAUCAGCAGCAACUCUGAGCUAGUUGCUGCUGCUAGGGCUGCAUUCCUUGGCAGCAGCAGCAGCAGCAGCAGCAGCAGCAACUGCAGCAGCAGCAGCAGCAGCAGCAGUUUGUUUAGGGUUUAUGUUGGAGACAAGCCGGUGCGAACCACUGAAGGUGUGGAUCUGCUGCUGCCGUCGCUUGCUGCUGCUGUUGCUGUUGCAGCAGAAGCAGCACGAGUACAGCAGCAUCUGCAGCAGCACCAGCAGCAGCAGCAGCAGCAGCAGCAGCAGCAGCAGCAGCAGAAGCAGCAGCAGCUGCCGCUGUAUCUUCUGAGGCGCCCGCUCACCGGCCUGCUCGCCUAUGCACAAGACAUCUCGCUGCAGCAGCUGCAGCAGCAGCAGCAGCAGCAGCAGCAGCGGAAUGUGCUGCUGCAGCAAACCCACCACCAGCAGCAGCAGCAGCAGCAGGAGCAGCAGCAAAUAGUAGAUGAGCUGCUGCGGUUCAUAGAGACAGACACCGCCCUGUGCCGGGAGGCAUCCCCCUCCCCCGGUGUUCUGCUGCAGCAAGACGCAGCAGCAGCAGCAGCAGCAGCAGCAGCAACAGCAGCAGCAGCAGCAGCAGCAGCAGGGGGAGAGGAGAACGGAGCUUCUCCUCUGCUGCAGCAAGCCUGCGGCAGCUGGGAGCUUCGUGCUGCUGUGCUGCUGCAGGAGCAGCUGCUGCUGCCCCCCCUCGUUGCUGCUUUCUGCUGCAGGCGGUCGGUGCAGCUGCAGACAAACCAAGGCAUUGCUGCUGCAACACAAACCCCAGAAACUAACCAGUUGGUGUGCCUCCAAGCAGCAGCAGGUCAGCUGCGGUCUGUUGUUAUUGCUGAUGAGUUGCUGUUCGGUGCUGCGCUGCAGCAGCAACAGCAGCAGCAGCAGCAGCAGCAAUUGAGAGAGCGUGGGAAGCAAGCAGCAUAG